AGCUAGUAGCAUCGCCACCACCCUCCAUCCCCCACUCCGCCCGCAAAGCUCGCCUCCUCCAUCACUGUGCCGCCCGUGCUCGCCUCUCCCGGCAGGCACCGAUCUAGCCCUCCCUCCCUUGAUCCACAGCUCGCCAUGUGCGGCGGAGCCAUCCUCGCGGGAUUCAUCCCGCCGUCGGCGGCCGCGGCGGCGGCCAAGGCAGCGGCGACGGCCAAGAAGAAGCAGCAGCAGCGCAGCGUGACGGCAGACUCGCUCUGGACGGGCCUGCGGAAAAAGGCGGACGAGGAGGACUUCGAGGCCGACUUCCGCGACUUCGAGCGGGACUCCAGCGAGGAGGAGGACGACGAGGUCGAGGAGGUCCCCCCUCCGCCGGCGCCGGCGACGGCCGGGUUCGCCUUCGCCGCCGCGGCCGAGGUCGCGCUCAGGGCCCCUGCCCGCCGAGAUGCUGCUGUUCAACAUGAUGGACCUGCUGCCAAACAAGUAAAGCGCGUUCGGAAGAAUCAGUACAGAGGGAUCCGCCAGCGUCCCUGGGGGAAAUGGGCAGCUGAAAUCCGUGACCCUAGCAAGGGUGUCCGGGUUUGGCUCGGGACAUACGACACUGCUGAGGAGGCAGCCAGGGCAUAUGAUGCUGAGGCCCGCAAGAUCCGUGGCAAGAAAGCCAAGGUCAAUUUUCCUGAGGAUGCUCCGACUGUUCAGAAGUCUACCCUGAAGCCAACUGCUGCUAAAUCAGCAAAGCUAGCUCCACCUCCGAAGGCCUGCGAGGAUCAGCCUUUCAAUCAUCUGAGCAGAGGAGACAAUGAUUUGUUCGCGAUGUUUGCCUUCAGUGACAAGAAGGUUCCUGCAAAGCCAACUGACAGUGUGGAUUCCCUUCUUCCAGUGAAACACCUUGCCCCCACCGAGGCAUUCGGAAUGAACAUGCUCUCUGACCAGAGCAGCAAUUCAUUUGGCUCCACUGACUUUGGGUGGGACGACGAGGCCAUGACCCCGGACUACACGUCCGUCUUCGUACCGAGUGCUGCUGCCAUGCCGGCGUACGGCGAGCCCGCUUACCUGCAAGGCGGAGCUCCAAAGAGAAUGAGGAACAACUUUGGCGUAGCUGUGCUGCCUCAGGGAAAUGGUGCACAAGACAUCCCUGCUUUUGACAAUGAGGUGAAGUACUCGUUGCCCUACGUUGAGAGCAGCUCGGACGGAUCUAUGGACAACCUUUUGCUGAAUGGUGCGAUGCAGGAUGGGGCAAGCAGUGGGGAUCUCUGGAGCCUCGAUGAGCUGUUCAUGGCAGCUGGUGGUUAUUGAUGGUUCUUGUCAAUGUGGUCUGCGGACAGCACAAAUGUCCCUUGCAUGUGGGCAAGAUGAAGAAUUGGUGGUGCAUGUGGCCAAGAUGAAAGAAGGAUCGGUGGCUUCUGCUACGUUCUGUAGCGGAUGAAACCAUAGUUAUGCUAAAGACUGUAUGCUGCUAGCAGUGGGAACCGUAUGGUCAUGUUUAUAUUCUGUUGUUGUAUGUCGUCUCUAUAUAAUGAUUGGGUGCAUGUUGGAGGCUGGAGUUUAAUAAACACCUUGGGUCAUAUGCCUGAUGUAAUGUGCUUGUUGAGUACUCGUAUAUGAUUGUGCUUAUAUAUUGUCCUUCUGCUCA